AUGACCAAGGAGCCACUGUCCAAGCUGUUUCCUUGCAGCCGCCAGGCCUCUCCUCCCAGUGACCCUGACACGCUGGGCAAGCCAGCUGGCAGUCACCCCUAUUUCAACCUUCCUGACUUCACCAAGCCAUUGCUGCCUCCACUCUGCCCAGCCUCCCCUGGCACCUGUACUGCCACCAAGGGCCUGAUUGUGGCCCUGUUGAGGCCCGCUGGCUUCAUGGGCCCUUUCUCCCAGGUGGCUUACCAGACUUCCCACUAACUUGUUGAGCUGCUCAUCUCUCUAAACCUCUUCCACCUCCCCUUUGCCUUGCCUUUGCCUCCAUCCUUUUCACUGUCUUCAGCACUGGAUAUAUCAGUUCAAGUGAUGCCAGUUGGCAAUGCUGUCAUUGUCCACAAAGGUUCUUCCAUCAUCUGCUCUGCUUUCCUCGCCCUCUGUCUUUUUUUUUUAAUUGACCAUUGUGGCCUGCUGGGCAGCAUGGUGGUACUAAUCAUCAUUGUGGGACCAAGUCUACGGACACAACAGAACGGGAUAAAGGGCCUCUACACCACCCUGAGGUAUGUGCCUGCUUCCCUGGGCAGCCUGGCACUAUUGCUGGGGCUUCUGGUAUAUCUUUCCCUGGAUUUCCCCUCCUGCCUCACAGUGGCCUUCCUGUUUGGCUUGGUGGACAUGGUGGGCUCCAUACCAGGCCUAUUUCUGAUGCAGACCCCUGUGCUGCCCAUUGAUCCUCUGAGUUGGAGCUGUGUGGGGCUGGUGAUCCUUGACCUGGUCUCCUUUGUGUGUGUGAACUAUGCGGUCACCAAGGCCCACCCUGCCCUGGUGUGUGCUGUCCUGCACUCUGAGGUGGUGGCGGCUCUGAUGCUGCAGUAUUAUGUGCUCUAAGAGACCACGGUGGUAACUUCUGACACCAUUGGGGCAGUGGUUGUGUUGGGCCACAUUACCAACCAGGCCCAGAAUCUCAGCUGUGAGAGGGCAGGGCAGGGCAGUUGGAGGAGUGAGACUGACCUGAGAGCUGGGGGUUGGGGUGGGGUGGAGCAAGGGUAA